UUUUCUCUCUCACGCAUUUUCCUUUCUUUUGUGUUUGUUUGUUUGCUUGCACUAGAGCAGUUGCAUUGCAUUUGGUUUCAGUGCAGAGCAGAAACAUCUCGUUCUCUGCUGGAACAUGGAUUUUUUUGCACGCGUUUUGUGUUCAAUCUACAUUGUGGGUUUCGUGCUCUGGCUAGGAAAUGCAGGACCCAUUGAAGACAAGCGAGUUUUGCUUGACUUCAUUGAAAAGUUUCCUCCCUCAAGGCCUCUCAACUGGAAUGAGAGUUCUUCCCCGUGUACCACUUGGAUUGGUGUCACUUGUAACGAAGAUAAGUCACGGGUCAUUGCCAUUCGAUUGCCAGGGUUUGGAUUUCAUGGCACCAUUCCUUCGAAUACAAUAAGCCGCGUCACGGGCUUGCAAACGCUGAGUCUCAGAUCCAACUUCAUAACUGGGCAUUUUCCUUCUGAUUUUUCCAAUCUCAAAAACCUUUCUUUUCUGUAUCUUCAGUUCAACAAUUUCACGGGGCCCUUGCCCGAAUUCUCUGUUUGGAGGAACCUCUCUGUUCUCAACUUGUCCAAUAAUCGUUUCAGUGGCAGCAUUCCUCUCUCGAUUUCGAAUUUGACACUGCUUGUUGCUUUGAAUCUCUCAAACAACUCCCUCUCUGGUGAAAUCCCUGAUAUUAAGUUGCCCCAGCUGCAGCAAUUGAAUUUGGCUAACAACAAUUUGCACGGUGCUGUGCCCCUCUCCCUCCAGAGGUUUCCUGAGUCAGCAUUUGUUGGAAACAACGUUUCCUCCCAUGCAACUCUCCCCUCUUCAAAACCGGGUUCUGAAUAUGAGAAACAUGGAAGGCUUGGUGAAACUGCGGUGCUGGGAGUUAUCGUUGCCGGUGCUGUUCUUGGUCUUGCGGCAUUCAUUGUUUCUAUCUGUGUGUGCUGCUUGAGAAGGAAAAAAGGAGAUGCCUUUGUUGGGAAGUUGCAGAAGGGUGAUAUGUCUCCGGAAAGAGUAGUUUCAAGGGACCAGGAUGCAAAUAAUAAACUUGUUUUCUUUGAGGAUUGUAAUUAUGCCUUUGACUUGGAGGAUUUGCUAAGGGCCUCUGCCGAGGUAUUGGGGAAGGGAACGUUCGGUGCUGCAUAUAAGGCUGUCCUAGAGGACGCUACCACAGUUGUUGUGAAGAGGUUGAAAGUGGUAGCUGUUGGAAAGAAGGAUUUUGAGCAGCACAUGGAUCUUAUUGGAAGUCUUAAACAUGAGAAUGUGGUUCAGCUAAAGGGGUAUUACUAUUCCAAAGAUGAGAAACUGAUGGUGUAUGAUUACUACAGUCAGGGGAGCGUCUCCGCUUUGUUGCAUGGUAAAAGAGGAGAGGAUAGGGUCCCUUUAGAUUGGGAUACUCGGAUGAAAAUUGCUUUGGGUGCUGCUCGAGGCCUUGCCCAUAUCCAUUCCGAGAAUGGUGGGAAGCUUGUACAUGGCAAUAUCAGAUCCUCAAAUAUCUUUUUGAACACAGGACAGUGUGGUUGUGUAUCCGAUCUUGGCCUGGCAACCAUAAUGAGCUCAGUUGCCAUACCCAUCUCGCGAGCUGCUGGUUACCGAGCGCCUGAGGUUACAUACACCAGGAAAGCAGCACAGCCUUCAGAUGUUUACAGCUUUGGUGUGGUGUUACUAGAGCUUCUGACUGGGAAAUCUCCGAUCUACACAACUGGUGGUGAUGAGAUUGUCCACCUUGUGAGAUGGGUUCAUUCAGUUGUGAGGGAGGAGUGGACAGCUGAAGUAUUUGACUUGGAGCUAAUGCGAUGUCCCAAUAUAGAGGAAGAGAUGGUGGAAAUGUUACAGGUAGCAAUGUCAUGUGUGGUAAGGGUGCCUGAUCAAAGGCCUGAGAUGUCAGAUGUUGUAAAAAUAAUUGAAAAUGUCAGGCAGAUUGAUGUGGGCAAUCAGCAAUCAUCUGAGAACCAAGUUGAAAGUGCAACACAGCCCCCUUUAGCCACUUAGCAUAAAUUUUUUCAGCAUGGUAGUGACAACUCCUCUUCCUUGUCCUCCACCCCAAAAGGAAAUGAACGAUAGAGAU